AUGCAGUCAACUAAGCAGUCGCCUAAACCGUCGUCUAGUCAAAAUUAUGAUCUAUUCGAACCUAUACCUUCGUCGUCGUCAAAUAGGAAACCGCUAUCACAUUUUAGAUAUAAUGAUCGUGAUAAUAUUAAAAUCCCGCAAUUUUGGGUUCACUCUCCCCUUUUAUGGAUUCGAUGUGUCGAAUCUGCUUUUUCUAGAGCUGAUAUUACAUCAGAAACAAGAAUGUUUGAUGAAGUAUUAGCUGUUCUUGAUAGUUCAAUAAUUGAAAAAAUAGGGGCGGAUUUGCUAGACAUAAGCGCUACAAAUCCGUAUACGGAACUUAGAGAAGCCCUAGUAAAAAAUUAUGCACCGACGGAAGACCAAAUGAUUUCGUCAUUUCUUAACUCAGGGGAUUUAGGUGACCAACUGCCGUCAGAUUUGCUAAAAAAAUUAAAAUUACUUAUAAAUCCAGAUCAUAGAGGGGACCCUUUUGCUCGUGCUUUACUGAAAAAAUUAUUUUUGGAAAAAUUGCCUAAGGCAAUGCAGUCAAUUCUAGUUGCGUCGGACGAUGAUAGUUUAGAAGAGUUAGCAGAGAAGGCCGAUAAGAUUUAA